AUGGCCGAGGAUAAGGCCAUUAGUGCUAAAGGCAAGGGUGGUAGGGCUGGAGAUAAAUCAGCAGCCAGUGCUAAUGUCGAACAUCCUGAGAGUGAUACAGAGGAUGAGGAGCAGGAGGUGCGAGUGCCUGGAGCACACAAAAAGAAGGGGAAGAGGAUGGUGUUACCAGUGAAGAUGCCAAUGAGAGAUGCAAUUGAAGCAACUGGUCUUAUUGAUGAAUCAACAAUGCCAUGUGACAACAAUAAGAAGUUUGAUGAUGUUAUUGCUCCCUCCUCUAAACUCACUAGGGGGAGUACUGUUAGUAGUGGUGGUGCCCCACUCACACCCAUCAAUACCAUCACUGGUGCUGGGGCUGAUAGCAUGACAGAUCAUUUCAUGACUCUGUUUGCAGAUGAUGAUUUAGAUGAAUCAGUUGAGCGCUCUCAGGCCCUUGCCUGUAUGUCCAAACAAAAGUGGGCCACUCAUGGCAUCAAGAUUUCUUCUAUGGUCCCUAACACUUCAAUUCAAACAAACUUAGCCCAUCACAACACCAACCUGGCCCCCAAACAGCUCAACACACUUCAGCCUGACACUGUCACUGACAAUAAUGGUGAUAUGGAUGUUGAGGUGGCUCGCCCAGAAGUAGUGUCCCUUGUCAACUACGCAUCCGACACUGACAUGGAAUCUGAUCUUGAACUUCCUCCUUCUACACAGGAUAUUAUGAUGAUGACAUCCACCAAGCUGCAGCUCUCAAUUGAACACCAGCAUCCUACCCUAUGA